UCGAUCCAGUUUGCUGCCUUUCGUGGCCAUGGUGACCAUGAACGAUGAAUACCUCACCGCGCGGAUGGGAAAGAUGUACAUGGUGCCCAGCAAUGAGGUGGUCACAACGUCCGAAGCUGCAGAUAAGCAUCUGAGAGCCUUCGAGCAGGGAUGCGAGGAGUGGAUGUCGUACCACGCGCAGCCAGUUGCCGAGGAGGAACUUGAGGGCUACGAGCAGUUCGUUUUAUCCUUGCUGUCGGGCUCUGAAUUCAAGUCGGAGAAGGAAUAUGAAAGUCGUAUUCAGGCUGUCCGACGCGAAUUCAAGACCACCCUAUCCAAGCCCCAGAUUGUGCGCGCGUACUAUCGGUUGCUUGAGAGUGGGCGGAUCCAGAAGAAUGCAUCCUUUGAAAGGAUCGCCACCAAGAAAUCGGUGCGGUCCAACUCUGGGGUUGUUGUGAUCACCAUCGUCACAGCUCCUGGUCGCUUCUCCUGUCCGAACGACUGUUACUACUGCCCUGAUGAGCCAGGACAGCCCCGAAGCUACUUGAGCACGGAGCCCGCAGUGGCCCGUGCCAAUCAGAACGACUUCGACCCUGUCAGGCAGUUCUACGACCGUGCUGGAACUCUGGCAAAGCAGGGCCACACUGUAGAUAAAGUGGAGAUCAUUGUGCUGGGUGGAACCUGGUCCCACUACCCUCGGGACUAUCAGGAGGAGUUCUGCCGCGAUUUGUUCUACGCGGCCAACACCUUCGACGAAGAUCUCAGCAAGUUGGGGGAGAGGGGCGACAAAGCCGCCCGGAUCCGAGAGCGAAGGUCCUUGCUAGAAGAGCAGCAGUUGAAUGAGGUGGCCGUGACCAAGAUCAUUGGCCUUACCCUGGAGACCCGUCCGGAUCACAUCACCCCAGCUGAGUUGCGGCGCCUGCGCCGCUAUGGCUGCACACGUGUGCAGAUCGGGGUGCAGCACACGCAUGACGACGUGCUGCAGUUCGUGAACCGCGGGCACGACCGUGCUGCGGCGGUGAGGGCCACCCGGCUGUUGAAGAUCGCUGGCUUUAAGGUGGACAUCCAUUUGAUGCCUGAUUUGCCAAACUCAGACACGGAGAAGGAUUGGGAGAUGUUUCAGGAUGUGCUCCAUGGAGAGGAUCUGCAAGCCGAUCAUUGGAAGAUCUACCCCUGUGAAGUUACUCCAUUCACACGGAUCGAGACUUGGUACAAGGAGGGGAAGUACAUCCCCUACACCGAAAAGGAUCCGAGGCUCCUCACUGAGCUUUUGGCGCGUGUCAAGGCAGAGGUUCAUCCUUGGAUUCGACUCAACCGUGUGAUUCGAGAUAUCCCAGAGGUGUCUAUCGUGGCGGGUAAUUCCUUGACCAACCUGCGACAGGCCAUCUUUGAAGUCCUGAAGUCUCGCGGCCAGUGCUGCCGAUGCAUCCGCUGCCGGGAGGUUCGGGACUGGCCUGAGACAGCUGAUGGCUUACGUUUGAAGGUUCGCGAGUACAGAUCUUCCGGUGGUUGGGAGUACUUCAUCUCCAUCGAGGGUGGCCACCGGGGCUUCGGCGGCGGCGCAACGCAGCGGGCCUUGGCCGGCGGACAGAAGGCCACGAAGAAGGAGAAGAACCAGCGGAAGGCGAACCUUCGCGAUGCUGCUGCACAGGCUGAAAUGAAGGCCGCGGCCCUCGCGAGCGCCAACCUCACGCGAGAGGAGCGGAAGAAGGCUGCGGCCGAGGCCUUAGCAAAGCACCGUGAUGACGUGGCCGCGGCAACGCCCAUGCCCGAGGAGCUCGAGGUAGAUGAUGACAAUGCCACCUUGUACGGCCUGCUGCGCUUGCGAUUUAAUGAUGACAUUAAGGCGCCCAGCCCAAUCUUCCCAGAACUCAACGGCUGCGCGCUGAUUCGCGAGCUGCACGUCUACGGCACCCUGGUGGCGGCCGGUCGCGAGCAGAAGGGCGACCACGACGAACGACCGCAGCACAUCGGCAUCGGCAAAACCUUGAUGGGUACAGCCGAACUCAUCGCUGCAGCGCACAACUUCAAGAAGAUUUCAGUCAUCGCCGGAGUAGGUGUGAGAAACUACUACAGGCGUUUGGGCUACACCCUGUGUGGGGAUGGCCAGUACUUGAUCAAGGAGCUCGCUCCAUGUCGAAGUUCCCAGCGCGGUAAGCCUCCCAAGAGCUUCGAAACGAGUUUCAUCGAGGCGGCGGAUCGCGUGAUGCAGCGUGAUGAGACUGUGGUGAAGCGACGAGGACAAGUGAAAACCGCCCUGGCUUUGACCGGAGUGGUGGCUCUUCUUGGAGCGUCUGCUUGGCUUCUUCGUAGGCAUUUGAAGAAGUCAGACCAGUGAGCUGGUGAACUGGUAGUGGUCGUUGAUGGAUUCCUUGAGAGGAUCCAUGAUCCCAAUGAGAUUUGGGUAAAUUGUUGGG